CGUUCCCAGGCCCACGGGGAGCAGUAAAGUGCACGGAUCCUGGGAGGGGGCAGGAGGGGAGAUGUCAGAACCGCCUCCUUCCUCUUUCCUGCCAGGCCCAGCCUGCCAGAUGAUUGCAGCCCGCACAGGCAGACGGCUCGGGGCCGGCGGGCGGCCCGGGGCGCAAUGCUGCAGCUCCUGGACAGCCCCUUGGGGUCCUGGGCGGCCCGAGGGCUGCCCCCGCCCUCGCCCAAGAGCCUGCUUCGGGUCAACCGGACCUUCUUCACCUUCUUCUCGGAGUUCAAGGGGGACCAUGGGCUGGCCCUGACCGUCGUGGAGACUGCGGCGCUGGCCCUAAUCUUCGCCGUGUCCCUGGUGGGCAACGUAUGCGCCAUCCAGCUGAUGGCGCGGCAGCGGCGCCGGGGCACGACCGCCUGCCUGGUGCUCAACCUCUUCUGCGCGGACCUGCUCUUCAUCACCGCCAUCCCGCCGGUGCUAGCCGUGCGCUGGACCCAGGAGUGGCUGCUGGGCGACCUCGCUUGCCACCUGCUCUUCUAUGUGAUGAGCCUGAGCGGCAGCGUCACCAUCCUGUCGCUGGCCGCCGUCAGUCUGGAGCGCAUGGUGUGCAUCGUGCGGAUGCGGCACAGCGCACAGGGCCUCGAGCCCCGCGCCCAGGCCGGGCUGCUGGCGCUCAUCUGGACCUACGCAGCCCUGGCCUCGCUGCCCCUCGGCGUUUUCUUCUCCGUGCGCCGCCAGCGGCUCGACGGCCACGACGAGGAAGUUAAGAUUUGUACAUUGGUCUGGCCCACUGUCGAAGGAGAAAUCUCUUGGGAUGUGUUGUUUGCUAUUUUGAACUUUUUGGUACCGGGACUUGUUAUUGUGAUCAGUUACUCCAAAAUCUUACAGAUUACAAAAGCUUCCAGAAAAAGGUUAAACGUCAACCUGGCCUACUCCCAAGACCACCUUGUCCGAGUCUCCCACCAGGAUUAUAAACUCUUCCGGACUCUCCUGGUGCUCAUGGUCUCCUUCUUCAUCAUGUGGAGCCCCAUCAUGGUCACCAUCUUCUUGAUAUUAGUCCAGAACUUCCAGCAGGACCUGGUGAUAUGGCCGUCCCUGUUCUUCUGGAUCAUAGUGUUUACAUUGGCCAAUUCGGCGGUCAACCCCAUUCUGUACAGUGCCACCCACUUUCAGAAGGAGUGGUGGAAAGUCCUUUUCUCCUGCUCCUCUCUUCCUGAGAAGAGCGGUAUGGCCACAGACACUUCGGUGAGAAGAAAUGACUUGUCUGUGGUCACUGGCUGAUGAGGUCACUGGCGGUGAUCUUCCUGAUUGAGGUUACUAUGGACUUUUUCCCCACAUGCACAUCACUGAACUGUGGAGUGGGUUUAGUUUCACUGUUGAGUGUGCAUUAGGCAAGGUUUUUCUCGUGGUGGUAUAAUUUCUAGGACCCUCAUUCCAAACGUUCUCUCCUUUAAGAAAGUUUGCUAUAUGAAAGCUGAUUUUUUUUUUUAACAAAAACUGCUUAAAUGAGGGUAGGUGCUUACUCACCAUAACAAAAUAUUCUUUGCUUUACAAAAGGAUCCAUCCCAUUUUCCCCUUGAUUUGUGGUUUGCCUGGAGCACUACAAAUACGAUGGUUGAAAUGUGAUUUGUGUAUACCUUUCCAAUUUAUGCAUAAUUUAUCCAAUUUCUAGCAAUUCUAUUUAAACUCAAUAAGACAUACCUUCCUGACCGUACCAAGCUUGUGAUGUGCAUUGGUGGUCUUGAACUCUAGAGUGUUGCAGUCCCCUAUGACAACCAUUCUGCUUCCUUCCCCCAGUCCAGUGAUAGCUCAGGGUGUCUCCAGUCUUCUUAAGACUUCCCAUGAACUUCCUCAAGUAUAAUUAACUUUAAUGCAAUUCAGCACUCAGCCAAAGAAAGGACAAGAGGAUAUGGAGUGAUAGCGUGUGAGUUGAUUAAAUUCGGUGUGCUAAAGGCUCCAGAAAGCCAGGUCAUAAGGUACAUCUGGAACGUAGACAUCCAUGGGAAUUUUCAGUUCACUGCUAGUUGAGAAGCUAGACUGAGCCACCAUGAUGUCACCUUGGUCCCAUCCCUCCCCUUUCCCCCAGGAAUUUUCCUAAUUGAUUUUCCUCAUAACAGACUUCUAGUGAAAUAAGGUCUACAGUCAUUCUGGGUAUGGAACUUUAUAACAAAAGAUAUGUGAUCUUUUUGGAAAAAUGUAGUUGGAUGUAAAUUAAAACUGUUUUGUGAAAGGCUUUAUUAUUCCUUUUGUGAUCCGGAGAUGUCUAGGUGAAGACAACUAAAUAGUGUCUUUUAGAACAGUAUGAAAAAAAGAAAGAAAAAAAUUUUAAAAGAACAGUAUGAUAUAGAAAUUGAAAUGAAAACCCUUCUGGGUUGUCCCAGACAUCUCUUCCUUUUGGAAAGUAGGUAAAGUGGCAUUAAUAGAUGACCACUAAAUUAUCAUUUCUCAUUUGUAGGCCCCUCAGCAUCCUUCCAUACAUUUUGGCAUGGUUCUCUGCCUAGCAGAGCCUUGCAGAAAUUUUUGUUUAGACAGGACUUUCAGCAUCUCUCAUGGAGGCUAAGUCCUCCAUCCUGUCUGCCUGAAACUAUGGGAACAUCCAUUGGGAGCAGAGCACUAACCUAAGGCACCUUAGCAUACCCUUCCCCACACCACUGAAAUUCAGCCCUAGCCCUUUCUGUCAUGCUUUAUUUGUCAUCAUGCCAGGGAGAGAGGAAGUAUGGAAUGAAUACCCCCUCACCCUUAUACAAACAGGCCCCAGUUCCUCCCCAUCCCUACCUCUAGUCUGCUAGCACCCACUUCCAAACCAGGACUCCAUAGAUGAACAGAUUAUAUCUUUCUGUAAGGACAAUGAAGCAAUGGAGUUUUUCACUUCAUUUGAUAGAGAGUGAAGUGGCUCUAGGGUCAAGAGCUGGAGGCCCAACUCUGACCCCACUGGUUACCUUGAGCUCCUAACCUCCCUGAGGCUCAGUUCUCAUAAGGAUAAAAUGAGCAAGGUGGACUAGAUUGCUUCUCCCAACUCUAAAUCUCCAAACCUGUGAAAGGAGAGUGAAUGGACUCUGUCAUUCAACCACAAAGGCCUUGCCAUAGACCAAGGGGUCAACCUUCCCAAUUGGACAGAGGCAUAGAGCCACCUAUGAAGUACUAAGGAUCACUUGCUUAAUAACUGGAAAACGCUGCUUUAGGAAAUGGGUGGGAACCACUGUCAUAAGAGUUAAUUGGAGGAUUAUUCCAAGUCUCUCAUUUUAAUGGUAAAGAAAAUGGGCCCAUGGAGGUUGAUUAACUUGCCCAGAGGGUAAUAAGUGGUAGAGGUGGAUUUGAAAACUGGGUUGGUUCUCCAAAGAGAAAUCCAGUGUUUAACCAUACCAGGCUUAAGUUGAAAUUAACCAUUAACAUACUGCUUUGCAUGGGGUUUUGUAUGGGACUUCAGCAUUCUUGAAGGACACACAUGGGAAUCUUCAGCUGAGAAAUCUCAGUACUUAAGAAUAUACUCUCCACACUGUGCUUGUAUAGAACAGAGCUGAGUACUUCUAAUUUGGACAGCAACAAAAAACACAACAAGGGUAAAUGGAAGAAUACGUUUUUAUAACAUUU